AAAUUUCCGGUUGUUGACUUCAGAUAGCAAUUGGCGAUUCAGAAAGCGGGGUGUGUUAAUUCAGACUGGAGUAAGACACCGUGUACAGCCGUUUGACUGUCAAAGGAGCUACGCGGGAUUGUAAAAUGUUGCCCUUGAUGUUGGCCAAACGGAGAAAGCUCAACUGCAUCCAACCAAGAUUGAUUGCCUUCAUGUUAUUUACAAUGACUUCAGGGACUCAUCUGAAGGAGAGCGCUUUGGAGUUAAUGACGAAAUAUCCCUUGGUUGAUGGGUAAAUCUUGUUAUUUUGCAGGCAUAAUGAUCUUGCCUUACAACUGAGGAUUUUUCGUAACAACAGACUUCGCCAAAUUGACCUACAUAAUUUCAGCAAUGUUGCCACAGACAUAAAUCGACUGAGAGCCGGUCAUGUUGGAGGACAGAUGUUUUCAGCCUAUGUGAUGUGUCCGGCUCAGGACAAGGACGCGGUCAGACUCACACUGGAGCAGAUCGAUGUCAUCCGUCGCAUGUGCAGCGAGUACCCGGAGUUUGAGCUGGUCACAACCGCCCAAGCCUUGAUGAGCUCUAAGAAGAUUGCUUGCCUUAUCAGCAUAGAGGGAGGCCACUCCAUCGACAGCAGCCUGGCGACCCUGCGCAUGUUCUACCAGCUGGGUGUGCGCUCCAUGGCCCUCACACACACCUGCAACACACCCUGGGCAGAAUCCUCUUCUAAGCUUUACAAGGUUUAUUCAAGAAAAAACAAUAGCCUGACGGAUUUUGGUAAGGCAGUGGUGCUGGAGAUGAAUCGGCUGGGGAUGAUGAUUGACCUGUCCCACAGCUCCUGGGACACUGCCGAGGCUGUGCUGCACUUCUCCAAGGCCCCCGUGAUCUUCAGCCACUCGUCCGCCUUCGCUGUGUGUGGCCACGAGCGGAACGUCCCUGACCAGCUGCUGCGCAUGCUGAAAGAAAACACAGGUGUCGUUAUGGUGAACUUGCACAGUGGGUUUUUGGCUUGUGGUGACAAAGGAAAUGUCUCUAUUGCAGCUGACCAUUUUGAUCACAUAAAAAAUGUGAUUGGAGCUGAGUCCAUAGGAAUAGGCGGAGAUUACGAUGGGGCCAAAAUGUUUCCUCACGGCUUGGAAGAUGUGUCAACGUAUCCGGCCUUGAUCCAGGAACUUCUGCGCAGAAACUGGACAGAAGAAGAGCUGGCCGACCUCCUGAGGCGCAACUUCCUCAGGGUGUUUCACAGGGUGGAAGAAGUACGUGAUGAAAUGGAAUUGGUUCAUCCAGGGGAAGAAGAGAUCCCAUUAUUAGAGGCUGCAAACCCAUGUCGCCUGAUUCUGAGGCCUCCCACACAAACUAUUAAAUCAGACCCUUCAGUUUCUUCACAUCCUAGCAAAGUAGUCCAACGUAGUCUUUUUCUGGUCACCAUGUGUGUCAUACUCAUCCAACAGACUGUUUUCAUGUAGUCUCCUGGUGUUCGCAUUUUUUUUGUCUGCAGGCCCUAUAGUUUACAUCGCAAAGUCACGAUCGCAGACUUUGUAAAGAGUCUUAGGGCAUUGAAUAUUUAAUGGAAUUUUAUUUUACCUUUGAUUUUCAGAAUUUAACUUUCAUGAAUCUUAUAGUCAGUCUAUUUUCCACAUUAUUUCAUCCAGGGCAUUUUCCCGGAGAAUAAAAUAGCCAAUGUAUAAUCUUUUAAAUGUAAUCUUUGUAUGAGAUUCUGUAAAUGGAUGAGCUUGAGUCUACUCUACACCUGUUUUACACCCAUAAACUAAAUAUUUCUGUCAGUUUAACUGAUGAAUAUUGUAGAAGAUUAACUGAAAUGUACAGUAUUUGGAAUGCUGGGUAUUUAUUUUAUGAAAAAAAAAUGUUUUACAGAAUGUAUCUAGUCAUAAAACAUUUUCAAAACUCUU